AUGACGAAUCAACCAAUGACUAGAGCAGAUAUUCAGGGAUAUAAACAAUCUUUUGUUAUUGUUGCAAAUUCGAGUUCUGAAGAAGAAGAACCCUACGAGGAAGAGGUAGUUGAUCAUGAGAAUCAACAUAACCAUGAUUAUCGAGUGAAGGUUGAUAUUCCAUUAUUCUAUGGAACGAUGGGCGUGGAGGAGUUUCUGAAUUGGAAGAUCGAUGUCGACGGGUUCUUCGAUGUUAUGGAUAUCUCUGAGAACAAGCAAGUUAAGAUGGUGACGAUCAGUGAAUUAGGAGAAUCAGAUUGCCAAAAAGUUGCUCGAUACAUUAAUGGCUUAAAGGGAUUCUUACAGGAGAAAAUGGGUUUACAGACUGUAUGGACCGUAGCUGAGGCAUCUUGCCUAACUUUGAAGGCAUAA